AUGCCACUGAAACGACCAGAGAAGUUGGUAACCUUGAAGAGCCCAUUUCCUCCAACAUCCCAGAUUCCGGGUCUCAGUGACCUUGCAAAAGCUCCCCAUGAAGUGCUGUCUCGGUGUUGCAGGAAGUGGAUCCAAGAGACCGAUUCAGCUGUCAGGCUGGCAAAGCAAGGAGGCUGACCUGACCUACUGAAGCACUACACUCCCGUGACAGGGAGGUCCUCUGCAGCAGCAUAUGCUAUGCCUGACUGGUACUCGCACUGCUCCAAUCCCCCAGUGACUGACGAGCCACGGAGCUCUCUUUCCUCUCUACCAGAAUAUAUGAUUCACAGAGAGUUUAAGGCUGAUGACCAUCAUGGUAAUAUUUAUGAGACAAGAAGAGGACCUUUUGGUUUUGAUAUGAAAAGUGUUUGGCAGUGGGAUGCUGAGGACAAAGAAAACACAGAGAAAAAGAAGGUAAAGCUCCCAGCUAUAACUAAAUAUCCAAGCAGAAUGCCAAAUGUUUCUACAAACAAGGAAUUUAGUGGGAAAAGUAAGCUUUCCUUCCCACCUGUGCCUGCUCAGAGAAAAAGCGAAGCAGUAAACUUCAGCAAAUUAAUUAGCAAUGGUUAUGGGACUGACUGGUUUCAGCAGUGUACUGGAUGGGAAAAAAAGAUUCAAGAAACAUCAGAAAAUAGUGAGCAGUCCAAAGACAGUGAACCAUCACAGUCUGAAUCAGCACCUGCAAGCAAUGAGUCAAAGCCACCAUUUCAGGGAUGUAAUGAGUAA